AUGGACACGCAGGGGCCUCUCCUGGAGCCGACCAUGUUUCACUUCAUCAGUGAUAUGAUCUGCGAGGCGCCUCCGCGCUCCGUCUUUGGAGGUGCAGAAGGCCUGGACACAUCACCACUCACUUACCACGUGGACUAUCACGGAGCACGUGAAGAGCUCACCUCCGCCAUGAACGGGUUCGACUGCCCAGGUGCGCGCGCAGGUGAAAACGGCGUCCGGAAAGCGCCGAAGCGGAAGCGCGUGAUCACGAGCGUGCAGCGGCGAGCCGCCAACAUCCGCGAGCGCAGAAGGAUGUUCAGCCUGAACGAGGCUUUCGAUGAACUCCGGAGGAAAGUGCCGACCUUCGCCUACGAGAAGAGGCUGUCGAGGAUCGAAACCCUGCGCCUUGCCAUCGUCUACAUCUCCUUCAUGACGGAAUUACUGGGGAAAUGA